CAAAAAAGGGGGAGGGGGCGGAGCGAGGCGAUGCCUGUCAAGGCGCGCUCCCCAUUGGCGCAACGUCACGGCCCCACGUUGGUCCCCCGAGCACCCGAUUGGUCCUCUCGGGGCGGAGGGGCGGGGCCGCGGAGCUGGUUAGCUGGAGGAGUGUGAAACCGCGUGUUAAUGUAACCAGCGCGGGCGGAUACAUUGUGUCCCGUUUAUUGAGAUCCGCCGCUGCCUCUUCCGAGGGUCCCGAGGAGUUUUCUCCGGGAAAGAAAGAAAGAAAGAAAAGAAGAGCGUAAAGAAAAGAAGAAAGAGAGGAAAGAGCUUUCAUUUUCCUUUGGGCGAGAUCUGUUUCGGGAGUUUGGGGCCAUCGAUCGCCUGGAUAUUUUUGUUUUGUUGUUCCUCGGAGCAGGAGGAGAAAGAAAGGGAAGGAAGGAGAGGAAGAAGAGAGGAAGGAAGGAAGGAAGGAAGGGAAGGAAAGGGACGACCGGACGGGGAUGAGGAGGAUGAUGAUGUUGGGGAUGAUGGGGGUGACGAUCCCCUUCCGCCCCGCUUUCCUUUCGGGCCCCAAAUAGGCGAAGCCGGUGGAGAGGAGUCUCUGAUUUUGGGUCCGAUUGGUUUUGAUCCCUUUUGAUCGAUUGGUUUCCAUUCCUUUGCAACUCUCCGGAGGAGAAGAUUGUAUUUAUUGUCUCCUUCCCCCUUUUAACUUCCCGCCUCUGGCCAUAAAACUCUCCGGACGAAGGAGGCUGGAUUGUUUCUCUCUUUGAUUGCUGCUGCUCCUCCGGGCAAACUCUGCCCCCUUCUCCCUCUCCCUCUCCGGCCCCCCUUCCUUUCCCCUGCUGCCUCCUCCUGGGUCCUUUUCCCAGAGAGCGGAAGGGAAAGGAAGAAAGAACCGGGAGAGAAGGAGCCUGUGGCCGUCGCCUCCAACCGAGGAGAACAACAAAGAGGCGAGCGGCGAAGAUGAGCCGCCCUCAGCCCAGCAGCAGAGCCUGAGCACCGGAGGCAAGAAAAGUUGGGGCCUUUGCCGAGGAGGAGGAGGAGGAGGAGGAAGAAGAAGAAGAGAGCAGCCAGGAGCCAUGUUCCCUCAGAGCCGGCAUCCCACGCCGCACCAGGCUGCAGGACAGUCCUUUAAGUUCACCAUCCCGGAGUCUCUCGACCGAAUCAAGGAAGAGUUCCAGUUUCUCCAAGCUCAGUAUCACAGCCUUAAACUGGAAUGUGAAAAACUGGCAAGUGAAAAGACAGAAAUGCAAAGGCACUACGUGAUGUACUAUGAAAUGUCAUAUGGAUUAAAUAUUGAAAUGCACAAACAGACAGAAAUUGCCAAGAGAUUGAAUACAAUCUGUGCACAAGUCAUCCCAUUUUUGUCUCAAGAACAUCAACAGCAAGUGGCUCAAGCUGUAGAACGUGCCAAACAAGUGACCAUGGCUGAGCUGAAUGCCAUCAUCGGGGUACGUGGCCUUCCAGGUCUACCUCCUACACAACAACAGUUGCAAGCUCAGCACCUCUCGCAUGGCCAUGGACCUCCAGUGCCUCUAACCCCACACCCAUCCGGACUUCAGCCUCCAGGAAUCCCUCCACUUGGGAGCAGCGCUGGCCUUCUUGCCCUCUCAAGUGCUCUGGGUGGGCAGUCUCACUUGGCAAUAAAAGAUGACAAGAAGCACCAUGAUGCAGACCACCACAGAGACAGAGAUCCGGGCACAAGUAAUUCACUCUUGGUCCCUGACAGCCUGCGGAACACAGAUAAACGAAGGAAUGGGCCUGAUUAUUCCAAUGACAUGAAGAAAAGAAAAGUGGACGAUAAGGAUUCAAGCCAUUACGACAGUGACGGGGACAAAAGUGAUGACAAUUUAGUUGUGGAUGUGUCUAAUGAGGACCCUUCAUCUCCACGGGCAAGUCCUGCUCAUUCACCACGGGAGAAUGGGAUAGACAAAACCCGCCUCUUGAAGAAAGAUGCCUCCAGCAGUCCAGCAUCCACUGCCUCCUCAGGGAGUUCUGCUUCUAUGAAAUCCAAAGAAAUAGGCUUGCAUGAAAAAGCCAGCACACCGGUUCUGAAAUCCAGCACACCAACUCCACGAAGUGAUGUGCCAACUCCAGGAACUAGUGCGACACCAGGCCUUCGUCCAGGCCUUGGCAAACCUCCAACAAUGGACCCUCUGGUCAACCAAGCAGCUGCCGGCUUGAGGACACCUCUUGCUGUACCUGGACCAUACCCUGCUCCAUUUGGAAUGGUACCUCAUGCUGGCAUGAAUGGAGAGCUAACCAGCCCAGGAGCUGCCUAUGCCAGUCUUCACAACAUGUCCCCCCAAAUGAGUGCUGCUGCAGCUGCAGCUGCUGUGGUUGCCUAUGGGCGAUCCCCCAUGGUUGGAUUUGAUCCUCCUCCGCAUAUGAGAGUACCUGGAAUCCCUCCAAAUCUGGCUGGAAUCCCUGGAGGAAAACCAGCAUACUCAUUUCAUGUUACUGCAGAUGGUCAGAUGCAACCAGUUCCUUUCCCCCCAGAUGCUCUCAUUGGACCAGGAAUACCUCGACAUGCUCGCCAGAUCAAUACCUUAAACCAUGGGGAAGUGGUGUGUGCAGUUACCAUAAGCAACCCCACAAGACAUGUCUACACUGGUGGGAAGGGGUGUGUCAAAGUCUGGGAUAUCAGCCAGCCUGGCAACAAGAGUCCUGUUUCUCAGCUGGACUGCCUGAACAGAGAUAACUACAUUCGAUCUUGUAAAUUGCUGCCUGAUGGAUGCACCCUGAUCGUUGGUGGGGAAGCCAGCACGUUAUCCAUUUGGGACCUGGCAGCCCCGACUCCUCGUAUCAAAGCAGAGCUGACGUCAUCUGCCCCUGCCUGCUACGCUCUAGCUAUCAGCCCAGAUUCCAAGGUCUGCUUCUCCUGCUGCAGUGAUGGGAACAUAGCAGUGUGGGAUCUCCACAAUCAAACACUGGUCAGGCAAUUCCAGGGCCACACAGAUGGAGCCAGCUGUAUUGACAUUUCUAAUGAUGGUACCAAGCUCUGGACGGGAGGUCUGGACAACACUGUCAGAUCUUGGGACUUGAGAGAAGGGAGGCAGCUACAGCAGCAUGACUUCACAUCCCAGAUAUUUUCCCUUGGCUAUUGCCCUACUGGUGAAUGGCUGGCUGUGGGAAUGGAGAGCAGUAAUGUGGAAGUGCUGCAUGUAAAUAAACCGGACAAAUAUCAGCUUCAUCUGCAUGAGAGCUGUGUCCUCUCUCUCAAGUUUGCUUACUGUGGUAAAUGGUUUGUAAGUACUGGAAAAGAUAACCUCCUAAAUGCCUGGCGGACUCCAUAUGGUGCCAGUAUAUUCCAGUCCAAAGAGUCAUCUUCUGUGCUUAGCUGUGAUAUCUCCGUUGAUGAUAAAUACAUAGUUACUGGCUCUGGAGACAAGAAAGCUACUGUUUAUGAAGUUAUCUACUGAGAAGUUAUGUUGGAAAUAUAAAGAGUUGAACUGGGCCAAAAUGUUCUUACAUUGUAGAUGUAGAAAGACUUUUCCUUUUUGUAAUUAAAAAAGGGAAGAACUUGGUUUUCUCACAUCUUCACACAAUGCUAUUCAAGUUCUAUUAAAACGAAGGCAACUUUGGCAUCCAGCUACUGGACCAAUAUGAAGCAAGAAGGCAAAAUGGACUAAUAUAGCAUAGUUUUGAUGGAUUUUUAAAAAGAGGCAUCUGCUGAAGAUGGUUGCAGCCUUUGGGGUCUUAUUUUCCUUUUUAUGAACUCAUAAAAAUCAUGCUCAUUGCUUGAAUAAGUGGGAUUACGUUCCAGCACUUGCAAUUCCACCUGCAUUCUGUCAUGUGUAGAACAGUGGUCUCUUGGAUAAACUUGUUUCCUGGUUUUGCCUUUUGGGAUAUGGGUUUUUGUAUUUUUUGUUCAAGAUCAAGCUUUGUAUAAAUUGUAAAUAUAUUUGGUUUAUUACAGUAAAGGCUUUAGUAUCAA